AUGGUCACCAUUGGCAUUGCGCCAUUUCCUGAGGACGAAGAAGCAGCGGUACCGGCUGCGGAAGAGGCAGAAGAUCCGGCUGCACCGGCGGAACUAGUGGCGCUGGCGAUCUGCGAGGAGACGGAACUGGCAACAGACUUCGCAGAGCUCGAGGCAGAAGCGGCGGCGCCAGACGCUGCAGUUGAAGCUGACUCGGCUUUAGAUGAGAGAGAUGAGGCGAGAGAGGAAGCCGAAGCGCUUGCACCGGAAGCAGCCGAUGCGGCACUUGCAGAGACACCAGAGGCACCAGAUGCCUAA